UUGAUUGUGAAUGUUACAGCAGUAUUUUGUGACUCUUUCAGGUCUUUCUAACAGUAGCUGUUGGGGUGUGACUUACACCUCUACAGAAGUUUGUGCUUUAGUGGGAUCAACAGUAGAUAUUAACUCUUCAUACUCACAUCCCACUGGAUAUACAGUAGAGGAAACAUACUGGCAUUUACCAUUCAAAAAAAAAGAAAUAAUUCAGGAUCUGCGUGAGGUUCAUCAGUUUGCUGGUCGUGUGGAGUAUAUGGACAACACACUGAGAAUCAAAGACGUCAACAUGAACGACUCAGGACAAUAUCUAUUCAGGAUCAACACUAACAAAUCAAAAUUUUCUGGUUUACCUGGAGUCAUUCUUACUGUUACAGAUACACGGGUGACGAGCAACCUAGCCACUGUGAUGGAUGGAGAAAAAGUGAUAUUAAGCUGUUUAACCAAAUGCACUCUGGAUAACAAACAUACUUACAUCUGGUAUAAGAAUGGACAACAGGUAACAGAUGGAUUGACAUUAUUAAACAAGCUGUACCUGGACUCAAUCAACAGUGAGGAGCUACAAGAGUAUUCCUGUACUGUAAGAGGUAACACAACAUCUCAUCAUACAUCUGACUUUGGUGUUAAAACUUCAGCUGAUCGAUCAUUCGCUAAUUUUUUGUUUCUCUUUGAAGUGCAAAUAGAUAGUUCGGCAUUAGGUCAAUACACAGUCACUCUGUUGGUGUUUUUACCUCAGUUUCUCCUCAUAGCAGCUGUGUGGAUGUGGUAA